AUGGACGACCCUAUGGUGUGGCGCAAGCCAGAGCGCUCGACGCCUGUCUCCAAGGACGCCGUCCGCUCGGCGCCAUACACAUACCAUGCGCCAAGCCCGCCCAUGAUCGAGAUCCCUAUAAUGCAGCCGUCCGUCCCGGGCAGGGAGCCGGUGCUCAACCUCAUGCCGUCCUUUGACAACGUCGACUCGGCCCAGCUCUCGAGCGACGACCUCACCCUCAUCACCCGCAACACCACGCAGAUCGCCACGGACCGCGCCUGCUCCUGGACCUACGAGCAGCGCCGCCAAGCCCAGUCCAUCCUCGACUUCCUCUACCUUGGCCCCAUCAGCGCUGUGAGACAACACGACUUUCUCCUGCGCGAGGGCAUCACCAUGAUCGUCGUGGCGCGCGAUGUCCGCAUGAACCACACCAAGCUGCUCAGCGUCGAAAAUGCCAACAAAGUCCUUGGAGUCGCUGUCUGCUACCUCGACAUCGACGCGCCGCAGGGUAUGAUACCGAGCUUCCCGCACGCCAUCCGCGCAAUCAACGAUCACCUGCUGGCCGUCUAUCACGCGCAGGCAAGGCAACGCGACGGCCGGGGACAGAUGCUCGUCGACGGCUCGCGCUUCCGCGGCGGCAAGGUCCUGGUGUGCUGUGAGUCCGGCAACGACCGCUCGGCAGCUGUCGUGGCGGCGUACAUCAUGGCCGUCUUCGGCAAGGGCAUGGUUCAGACGUUGCAGUUCAUGGGCAUUCAGCGGUUCUGCUGCUGCUUCGACGAGGACACGAAGCGCACGCUGCAAUCGUGGGAGGAUAUUCUGAGGGCGCGUUCCGCCGUCGCGAAGAACGAGCGGGACAGGACUAGCAGCACCGACCCCAUCGACUUCACUGACGGGUAUCAGCGGGAUCACGCGACUAUCGGCGCCCAGGUAAAAAGGCGCGCCAGCGACAUGUUGGAACCGGGCGACGAAAGCGCGGACACCGGCGGGACGGACGUCCAGAUGAUGGACCUCGACCGCUUUCGCGACCGCUGCCCCUUUGUGCCCUUUCGCGACGCCAAGUGA